AUGACACCCAAGAGCGGUGCCAAACGAGACGCGUCGACCUCCCAGCGACCCCAGAAGCGGUCCUUUUCGGGCGUUGCUCGCGAAGACUCGGAUGACGAGCUAGGGGAAGAUGACCUGCCUUGGGAAUGGAUUUACGGCGUCGAACCGAACGAGGACGACGGCCAGAGCCAUAGCAAGAGACGGAAGGUGUCGGACAGAAUAGUAGGAGCUCGCAUGGGCAGCUUCGAGUGUCGGGUCGGCGAUUGCGUGCUUCUCAAGGCCGAGGGAUCCAAUGAGGCAUGGGUGGCCAUCAUAUGCGAGUUCAUCGAGCCUGAUGGCGAGGGCGACAAAGCUGCUAACUUUAUGUGGUUUUCGACGGAGAAAGAGAUAAGGAACAAGAGCAAGAAGCGCGAUGACUUCUACUGGAACGAGCUAUACAUUUCCCCGUCGUGGGACAAGAACCCGCUGGCCUCCAUCAACGGCAAGGCUCAAGUUACCUCAUUGGAAGCGUUUCUAUUCAAGUUCCCGUCUGGCAAGAUCCCGCGCCACUUCCCCGAGUAUGGGAAGACCUUCAUCUGUCGUCGCGGCUGCAACACAAGAACGGCCAGCUACACCGACGAGUUCAUAUGGGAAGAGAUCUACCGUGGCGGGAAGGACAUAUUCGAACUGAGCCAGCGGAUAGAACGAGACACCAAGGCAACUCGCCGCCGGGGAAAGGCCCGGGGCCAGUCACCCCAUGAUCCCGCAUACUUGCCUCCUCAAACGCCAACCAAGACUAGCACCGUGUCGGCCAGGACGCCCCAGUCCAAACGGGGCCAUGUCGAGCAUGGCUCGCGAUCGCAAAAGAGGGGCGCAGGCAAGAAACUCGAGUUUACCCCCCUCGCCACCCGGAAACUGUUUCCUGGACAGGCCCAGUCAUCCCCUUUCCAGAUCGCACGCUCUCACCUCCACGUGUCAUCCGUACCAACCAGCCUUCCCUGUCGCGAGGGAGAAUUCGCUCUCGUCUACUCACAUCUUGAAGCUGCCAUCACCGAGGGGACCGGCAACUGUAUAUACAUCUCCGGCACACCCGGAACUGGCAAGACGGCCACCGUUCGCGAGGUUAUAUCCCGGCUUGAUGAUGCUGUUGGUUCGGAUGAACUGGAUGAUUUCAUCUUCGUCGAGAUCAACGGCAUGAAAAUCACCGACCCUCACCAGUCGUACACCUUACUCUGGGAAGCGCUCAAUGGCCAGCGGGCAAGCCCGUCGCAGGCUUUGGACAUGCUAGAACGGGAGUUUGGCAACCCAAGCCCUCGGCGUACGCCUUGCGUCGUCCUGAUGGACGAGCUUGAUCAGCUCGUUACCAAGAACCAGGCAGUCAUGUACAACUUCUUCAACUGGCCAACCCUGCGGCACAGCCGUCUGAUUGUUCUCGCCGUGGCAAACACCAUGGAUCUCCCGGAGAGAACGUUGAGCAAUAAGAUCAGCAGUCGGCUCGGCCUUACCCGAAUUACCUUCCCAGGGUACACGCACGAGCAACUCAUGAAAAUCAUACAAUCGCGUCUCGAAGGCGUCCCCGACAACGUUGUCGACCCUGACGCCAUUCAGUUUGCCAGCCGCAAAGUCGCUGCCGUCAGCGGAGACGCUCGAAGGGCGCUGGAUAUUUGCCGUCGAGCAGUCGAGCUCGCCGAGCGCGACGCCGAUGGCGACCUACCACCGACGCCGUCCAAGACGGGAGGGGCCAACCAGCCGUCGCGUGCCGGCAGGGUCACCAUUGCGACCAUCAAAAAGGCCAUCAACGAGGCGACGAGCAACCCGGUCCAGCAGCAUCUCCGGGGCCUCCCACUCAUGUCCAAGCUCUUCAUGGCGGCGUUGCUGCUACGGAUUCGGAGAACGGGCCUUGCGGAGACGACUUUCGGCGAAGCAUUGGACGAGCUGCAGCGGGCUACUGUCCAUUCCUCACCCGUGAACCCAGGGAUGGCUUCUAUCCUGGGCAGUAGCCUCAAGGGAACCCCGGCGAGCGGCCCGCGACCGAGCACCAGACCCAGCAGUGUCCACACGGCGGCCCUUGACCUCGUCGCGGCCGGUCUCAUCAACCUCGAGACACAGCGGGCAGAGCGGUCCAGCAAGCUACGGCUGGCCGUCGCCGAUGACGAGGUGAAGAUGGCGCUUCGCGAUGAUGGAGAGCUCAAAGCCAUGGGCAUCGGGAUCUGA